AUGCGAACGCAUCCCACGUUUUACGUUGGUCGGCUUAAGCCGUACCAUCAGUACGCUGCUUCUUCCGAUGAAGAACGCCCUUGCGCUCAAGCAUCUCGCAGAGAGCCUUGUGGUCCCGAUGGUGGGCAUCGACAAGGGUCUGAAGAGCAGUUAUCUCAUCCCGAGACCGAUCAACAAUCCCACGAGCUACCCUUAGCUCGUCACGAAGAGAUGUCAGAGCUCUCUCUCGUUCUCAAGCUGAGCAAAGGCAAACUCAGCUCGAUGCCUCGAAACAGCGUCCGCCAGUUGGAGACGCCUGUCCCGCUCAUAUUCGAGAUCGCCGCGUAA